AUGAGCUCGCCUCACAAGUUUGAUUGCUUCUUCCUCUUUCCUUUUCAUAGAUACAGACAUAUCAUACAAUGGUUGGGUCGCGUCAGAACCAAGACAGUCAAGAGAGCCUCAAAGCUCCUCAUUGAGAAGUACUACCCAAAGCUCACCAAUGACUUCGAUACCAACAAGCGUACUUGUGACGAGGUUGCUACCAUCGCCUCCAAGAGAUUGAGAAACAAGAUCGCUGGUUUCGUCACUCACUUGAUGAGACGUAUUGAGCGUGGCCCAGUCCGUGGUAUCUCCUACAAGCUGCAAGAGGAGGAGAGAGAGAGACGUGACAACUACGUCCCAACCACCUCUGCUGUCAAGACUGAGAAGAUCUACAUCGAUAAGGACACCGACGAGAUGCUCAAGGCCACCCUUGGCAACUUCCCAUCCUUGCCCCAGGUCACCGUCGAGUCAUCCUCAAGAAAGCCACACCACGCUGGUCGCGGUCGUGGAGGAGACCACCACCACAAGAAGAGACCAGUCACCAAGCAAUAA